GCCGGGCGGUGACGAGGGACGAGCUGCGAGUCAGCGUAGGCUCACUAUGAGCGGCUGCUGGGCGGCUGGACGGAAGCCUCUCAGGGUCAGUUUUGGUUAAAAACAAACUCUGAUUUGCCACUUUUGCUGAACAUUUCAACAAGCAGCUCAUCCCUUACCUGCCAGAGUUAUGGCCCUCCCUUUCCUAAAAGACUUGGACAAGUACAAGGACCUUGACGAAGAUGAGAUUCUGGGGAAGUUGUCAGAGGAAGAGUUGAAACAAUUGGAAACAGUAUUGGAUGACCUAGACCCAGAGAAUGCACUGUUGCCAGCAGGAUUCCGCCAAAAGGAUCAAACUUCCAAAAAGCCUUCUGGUCCUUUUGACAGAGAGAAACUCCUUUCAUUUUUGGAAAAGCAAGCUCUGGACCUUAAAGAUGUGGAAGAGUAUGUCCCAUACACAGGAGAAAAGAAAGGGAAAGUCUUUAUCCCCAAACAGAAACCAAUACCAACGUACAUGGAAGAAAAGGUGACUCUUGAUCCAGAACUGGAAGAAGCAUUGACAAGUGCUACAGAUACAGAACUCUGUGAUUUGGCAGCUAUCCUCGGAAUGCACAACUUGAUAAGCAACUCUCAGUUCUGUGAUAUUGUGGGAAGUAGCAAUGGUGUCAACAAUGAAAGUUUCUCAAAUGUAGUCAAAGGUGAAAAGAUGGUACCUGUCUUUGAUGAGCCACCAAAUCCAACAAAUGUGGAGGAAAGCUUACAGAGGAUUAAAGACAAUGAUCCUCGGCUUGUUGAGGUUAACCUGAACAACAUAAAGAACAUUCCUAUUCCAACAUUGAAAGAAUUUGCCAAGGCACUAGAGAGAAAUACCUGUGUGAAGAGUUUCAGUCUUGCAGCUACACGGAGCAACGACCCUGUUGCAGUUGCUUUUGCAGACAUGCUCAGGGUGAACAAAACACUGAAGAGCCUCAACUUUGAAUCCAACUUCAUCACCUCAGUAGGCAUACUGGCAUUGGUUGAUGCACUCAGAGAGAACGAAACCCUUAAUGAAAUCAAAAUAGAUAACCAGAGGCAGCAGCUGGGGACCCCAGCAGAAAUGGAGAUGGCAAAGAUGCUUGAGGAAAACACCAAGAUUCUUAAAUUUGGGUAUCAUUUUACACAACAGGGACCACGGACAAGAGCAGCAAAUGCCAUUACAAAAAAUAACGAUUUAGUUCGCAAGAGAAGAGUGGAAGGAGACCAUGUGUAAAUCUUGCUGCCACCAGAUUUGCAGAAUGUGGAGAAUCUGGAGCUCCCCAAGUACAUCUGCUUUGCUUGGGCUUCAACGAUCCCAAGAUUUCUUCUUACCUGGGUAGAAGGGAAAAGACUGGAAUUGCCAUUCCACCUCUUGUUUGUUUAUUUGUUUGUUUGUUCCUUUGGUGUCCUUGGGGCUUUUUUGGUAAAGUUAUGUUGCUAUACAUGAUACCCAACACAUGUAUGCCUGAAUAUCUUAUAACCCCAUUCAGCCAAUAUUGUUUUUUGAACAAAUCCUUUUCUUUCAAAACUUGGGGCAGGUGUCUUCCAGAAAGAUAAAUACUAGUGCUAAAGUCUGUAUAAUAUACAGUCAAUAACCAGCAGGUAAAUGGAUUUAAACUCACAGGGAAUAAGUUUUCAAGCAAAAAAAGCUGAGAUCCUUAUUUAAGUACCAGGACUUUGUAUAUUUUGAAAACAAUGGGCUGGGGGGACCUUAAAAGGAGAACAAAGGAUUUUACUUAUUUCAUCUACCCUCUUCAUAUGAUGAUGAUGCUAAAUCAUUGCUACAGAAGAUACUGUUUUUGUUCUGAAAAUGCUUUGACUGUUUUUAAAAAAUAAUGCUUUCUUCAUAUGGCAAUUAAACUUGAAAUGUCU